GGUUAGAAAAAUUACACAACCAGCAACAUUAAUUCAGCGUCUGACAAACAGAAUUUUACACUAAUACUUGAACAGAUGAUGAACUGAUAUUGAAAAAGCAUCUUUUCAGCACAGAUCAAUCAAACCUGUACAAUAUGGCCUUUGCAGCGGAUGGUGCCAGAACUCAGCUGCACUGCCAGAGCUCAGAGCAGAUUCUACCAGACGAUGACCAGCCUAUAAAACGAAGUCAAAGCUAUGAUUGGAUACCACCUGAAUUGUCUGAGCUCAGGGUGAUUCUGCUCGGAAGCUGCUGGUCCCAGAGGAGUUCAGUGGGAAACUUCAUACUAGGAAUUAACGCCUUUAAAUAUGAAGCUCACGUCUGUAUUAGAUUCAGUGGAGAAGUGGAAAACACGAAAUUAGCUGUUAUCAAUACUCCAGAUGUUCUGUUAUCCACAGCAGACAAACUGACAGAGUUUAUCACAGACUGUGUGCAGGCCUCUGCUCCUGGUCCUCAUGUGUUUCUGUUGGUACUAAAACCUGAAGAUUUCACAGACCAAGAAAAAAACAGGAUCUACAGAAUCCUAAAAGCUUUUAGUGAUCAAUCAUUCAAUCAUUCGGUUCUAAUGAUAUUGAAAUCUGAACUGAUGCAGCGUAUCAAACCUUUUCAAGAGCAAAUGAAAAAUGCUCCAAUUAAGGAACUGAUCAGGAAAUGUAGAUAUCGAUACUUAAAGAUGGAGGACAUCGAACUGCCAGAGCUGCUGACUCGCUUUGGCCAAAUCGUAAAAGAAAACGGUGGAGAAUAUGUGACUUACGAAGAGUUUAAAGAUGCAGCAACCACUUUGGAAGAUUCUCAUCAGAGCCAGAAGGAAAAGGCAGCAAUGGGUUCUAUUGUAGCUGCUGUUCAAACUGCUCGUAUUGGUGCUCGAGUACCCAGGAUACAUCAGUCAUAUGAAGGACCUGGUUUCAGGAUUGUGCUGUUGGGAAAAAGUGAGAAGAAAAAAACUAAGCUCUGUAACUUGAUUAUUGGAGAGCAGACAUUUCCUCAACAGAAGCACAGUGUGGCCUACUGUGGAGAGUGGAAUGGAAAACCACUAAUAGUGGUAAAAACUCCUGACAUUUUCAGUAUGUCUAAGGAGAAACUCCAAGAAGUAAAUAACUGCGUGAGACUCUGUUAUCCUGGACCAAAUGUUCUGCUGCUGCUGGUGAAACCUUCAGAAUUUCCUGAGCAAGACAGACAAACACUGAUGUCCAUCCUGCGUUUGUUUGGUCAUGAUGCCUUCAAAUAUUCAAUGGUCAUCUUAACGAAUGGCGGUGAAAAAAAUAGCUCUGUUAAGAAGCUCCUUGAAAGGGUUCAAGGAAGAUGCUACAACAUGAGUUAUAACACUGACUGCAGUCAGUUGAUGAUGCAGGUUGAGACAGUUGUCCAUGAGAACAAAGGGGCAUAUCUGACCUUUAGGGAAGAGACCAGCAGGCCACAAGAUGAAAAGAUGAAACCUCCACUAAACCUGGUUCUCUUUGGAAGGAGAGGAUCUGGGAAGACCUCAGCAGCCAAGGCCAUUCUAGGUCAGAAAAAUCUUCAUUCAGUCUCCAGCUCAUCAGAGUGUGUCAGAAACCAGGGAGAGGUUUGUGGACGUUGGGUUUCUGUGGUGGAACUGCCUGCCUUGUGUGGAAAAGCUCAGCAGGAAGUGAUGGAGGAAUCGUUCAGCUGUAUCUCCCUCUGUGAUCCUGAGGGUGUCCACGCCUUCAUCCUGGUCCUACCUGUGGGUCCCCUCACUGAUGAAGACAAGGGAGAGUUACAGACCAUCCAGGACACAUUCGGCUCUAGAGUCAAUGACUUCACCAUGAUCCUGUUCACUGUGGACUCAGAUCCUACAGCUCCGCAAGUGGUUAACUUCAUAAAGGAGAAGAAGGACAUCCAGGAGCUCAUUCAGAGGUGUAGUGGGGUUUAUGUUAUCCUCAACACCAAAAGUAGUCAGCAGAUCCCAGAACUGUUGGAUAGAGUAGAAAAUCAGAGAAACGUCAUGCCCAAAGUCUUUAUAAAGGAUAUGUUCACCAGAGCUCAGAUGGAGAAGGUUGUUGGACAGGAACAUAUUAAUCAUGAGCUUAAAGCUGAGCUGGACAAGGUCAAGAAAGAGAAUGCUAAGCAAACAGAUCAUAGAGAUCUGAGCAAGGAGUGUUUUAGGAUGGUGUUAAUUGGUAAAACUGGUAGUGGAAAGAGUGCAACAGGAAACACAAUUUUGGGUGAAAAACGUUUUAAAUCUAAAGCUAGUGGAAAGUCAGUCACUAAGUUUUGUGAGAAAGCAAGUGGAGAAGUUGAUGGUCGGCCAGUUGUUGUUGUUGAUACACCUGGUUUGUUUGACACGACUCUGUCUAACAGUGAAGUUGAACAGGAACUGGUGCAUUGUAUUAGCAUGUUGGCUCCUGGACCUCAUGUGAUCCUGCUGGUCCUGCAGAUUGGACGGUUCACUAAUGAAGAAAAAGAAACUGUGGAUCUGAUUAAGAAAUACUUUGGCAAGAAUUCCCAACAAUUCAUCAUUGUUACAUUUACCAGAAAAGAUGAAUUAAAGGAACAAACAUUUGAGAGUUACAUCGAAGAUGACUGUGAUGACUUUGUCAAAAAACUUAUCCGCGACUGUGGGGGAAGAUACCAUGUAUUUAACAAUAAUGUUAAAAACGAUCGCUCUCAGGUCAGGGAGCUGCUGAUGAAGGUUGAAUCAGUGGUGAAUGAAAAUGGUGGGGGUUGUUACACCAACCAAAUGUUCCAGGAAGCUGAGAUUGCAAUAAAAAAGGAGGUGGAGAGAAUCCUGAAAGAGAAGGAAGAAGAGAUGGAAAGACAGAAAAAACAGCUGGAACAAAAACAUCAAGAAAAAAUACAAGCAAUGCAAAAAAAAAUGGAAGAACAAAGAGCAGAAAUGGAAUCAGAGAGAAAACUGAGAGAAAAACAGCUUAAAGAAAUGGUUGAAAAUAUAGCUAAGGAACAAGAACAGAGAAGAAAAGAACAAGAAAUAAGAGAAGAGGAGGACAACCAAAAGAAAAGGCAAGAGCAAUUUAAGCAACAUGAAUGGGAAGAAAAACUUCGAGAUCUUGAGAAGAUCAUAAAAUCAGAAGAGCAGAAAAAGGAAAAUACUGACCGAGAGCUGGAGAAGAGUAGAGAAGGCAUACGAAAGGAAAGGGAAAACUGGGAGAGGGAAAGAAAAGAAUGGUGGGAAAAAAGAUAUCAGGAAAAUGAGCAGAUACGUCAGCAGGAGCAAGAAAAACUGGCAAAACUUCAAGAGGAAUAUGAGAAAGAAAGAGAGAAGGAUCGAAUAAAAAGCAAAGUAGAAGACCGCAUCAGAAAAGAGCAAGAAGAGAAGGAGAGAAAAGAAUUAGAGGAAAUUUACAGCCAAAAACUGGUCGCUAUGAAAACUAAAUAUGAAGAAGAAGCAAGAAAAAAAGCUGAAGAAUUCAAUGAGUUCAGACAGAAAUACACCAAGGAUUUCACAGCUCUAGUGGAAAAACACAUGGAGGAAAUACAAGAGCUGAAACAAAAACUUAAAAGAAAAAUGGAAGAGGCAGAGAACAGCCACAGUAAAGAAUACAAUCAGUUAGGGGAACUGUUUCAGUACAAAGAAAAAUAUCUGAAAGAAGAAAUAGAGAAUUUAAGGAGAAAACAUGAUCAAGAAAUACAAGAUUUGAAAAGGAAUUACCAAAAGAUAUGUGUUAUCCUCUGAGACAAAUUAAUUAAAUCCAAAUUAACGGCAUCAGAGCUAAGGAUAUAUUCAUACCUGAUAUGUUUGAUCAAUACAGAUAUUUUCCCCCAGAGAUAAUUUCUCUCCUUCACACUUCAUGCCUCUUUGGACUUAAAAAAAAAUAUAAACCAUAAACUGCUCUGAAAUCAUACCUUAUGUGCUAUUUGUUGCUAGCAAAGCUUGGCCCUGCAUGUUAUGAGUCAGGGACACAGCAUAACCCCCAAUCCUUACACUAACCUUAACCCAUGCGGAGAACAGCCUCUUUUUAGGCAUAUAACACUAAUUCUCUCACCUUAACAGUUGCAGUUCAAGAUUACAUUUACAAGGGUGGGAGCAGUGUUUUUUCAAGGGGGCAUAGAACAAAAGAAUAACAAGGGCAGAGCAAAAAGGAAUAAAUAGGGUAAAAACAUGGCAUUUAAGUUUUAAAGUAAGCCACAAAGCCAAGGUUGCAGCCUCCUGAUCUAACAGAUGAAAUCUGCGUCAGUACGACUGAAGCUUAAAGCUAACCGCAAUUUUGAAAUAAUUGCUCGAUAAAAUUGGAAAGGAGAAAUAUUAAAAUUGGUCCAAGGGGAAAUCAUUUACGGCCUGUUCUCUCAGUACAUAUCACAAUAAAUAUAUGGAUUAUUACACUACAAAAUAGAUCUAAAAAGAUCACAUUUUCUCAAAAUAAGUAUAUUUAGUCUUAAUAUGAACAGGUUAUUAUGACAAUCUGCCAAAGCAAUGCUCUUUGCUCUUAAAUAUAAGAUAAAUAUAAUGCACUAUAAGUAAAUUUUUACAUUCUUAAUUUAAUUGUAAAUCAUUCUAUUCCAAUGGAAAAUUGUCUAACUUACCUGCUUAGAUCAAGAGAAAAUGCACUUAUUUUAAGAACAUCUACUUAAAUAUAUUAACAUUUUUAUUUAGUGCAUUCAUUCAGGGCAAUAACAUGUUCUCCAUUUCAGAAAUAAGAUUAAACAUUUAGAUACCUCCACUUAAUGAGUACCUCAUUAAGUGGAGGUAUCAUUCUUCAAAUAGCUCAGAUAUUUUCAGAGUAUAGAUGCUUCAUAGAAGACUUCCAUGAUAGUUUUCGUAUAAUUUCAGGUCUUUGUCGUGACCGCCCCUACCCCCCAAAAUAAUUUUUUCUCCAGGGGAAACAAAAUUAUGAAAGUGAUGCUUUUGUGUUAAAGCUAUUUAAAAAAGGAUAGCAUGAAAUCAAAA